UAUUUUUUGCUUAAAUUUUUAUAGUCGAAAUUGAAUAUAAAUUAUUAAGUAAUGCGUGAACUUCUCAUGUCACAAAUAAGCAAAAAAAUCUAUAAUUUACUUUCACUUUCAGUCUUGCACAAAAUCGUGAAGCAAACAUCUCCAGAAAGAAAAAAUUUUUUUUCAGCAGUUUACAACUUUACAUUGCCUUGAUAACUUUAAUAGUGUAAAAAUAAUGAACGAUUAUUGUCAACCUGGACUUUAAUUAUGAGACUUCUUGCUGUGAUUGUGGUAUUGUGCUUAUUGUCACUCGAUGAAAAAGUUUCAGCAGGAGUAAUUUGGAAUUUUAUUCAUGAUUUGGUACAAUGGAAUUUAGCUGGUAUUCCAAAAGUCCACGAGAAAUCAACGUGGAAUUUAGAUCCAAAAUUGGGAGAGGAGAGAAGAGCAAAAUUUGUCAAAGAAAAUGGAUAUUUAGCUGAGGAUUUAAUUGAACGUAUUGGCAAAGGAGAUGUGGUUGAAUCCAAGAAGAGAUAACAGCUUUUCAUUCAAUAGUAAUUU